AUGGCUGUAGCGAACGAAACCCUUCGCCUUUACACAACGAUGGGGCCAUCUUCAUCAGCAAGCUCUUACCAUAAUAUUGGGAAUCCUGUUUUGAUCACAAUAUACUCCAUAGUUUUUAUCGGUGGUGUGAGUGGAGCCAUCAUAAUGUUAUUUUUGCUACUGAAAAUGAACACAUUAUCAGUGACCACGACAGCGAUCAUAAACCUGGUGGUGAUCCACAGUCUCUUCCUUGCGACUGUUCCAUUUCGGCUAUAUUACUACAGCACAGAUAACUGGAUCUUUGGGCUUUUCAUUUGUAAAUGUGUGAGCGUAAUGGUACACUUUCACAUGUACCUCACCUUUUUAUUCUAUAUUAUCAUUUUGGUUAUCAGAAGCCUUAUUUUCUUUCAGUGGAAGGAUAAGGUGGAAUUCUACAGGAAUUUGCAUGCUGUAGCAACUAGUGUAGCGGUGUGGAUUCUGGCGGUGGUUACCGUGGUUCCACCAAUGAUCCUUUUGUAUGGGAAUAUGAUUUAUGAGGAUUAUGAUUACAGUAGAUGUUUUAAUUUUCACAAGGAGAUUGAGUCUGUUGAAGUGAAAGCAUUGAACUACACUAUUAUUACUGUAGUGCUUGCAAUAACUUGCACUCUUUUGGGCGUUCAAGUUUUCAUGGUCCUAAAAGUGGCGAAAAAGCUAUCCGGAUCUAUUUGGUCACAUCAAGAGUUUUGGGCCCAGCUGAAAAGCAUGUUUUUUGUAUGGGUCAUCAUUCUUUGCUUCCUUCCGCAUCACUUUUUCCGUAUUUACUACAUUCAGCAUGUGAAUGAUAAGCAGUAUUCCCAGUUGUAUAUAUACAAUGAAAUAUGUUUGAGCGUAACUGCCAUCAGCUGCCUUGAUUUGUUUUCGUUUGUGGUAAGUGGAAGCAAACUCUUGAGGCAAAAAAUCAUUGCAUGCUCAUGCUGUUAA